AGCCUCAUCGAUCUCUUUCGCCUUGGGCUGCGGGAGCUGCACGCGCUGGCCUGGUUGCAGCCAAGGUCUCUGCGUGCUCGUUGCGCAGUCUAGAAGCAUUUGCGAGCCAGCGGUGUGUGUGGCAAUCACGAAGUGGAGCAGCAGCCAGGCCAUCUAGCCCCUCCCGAGAGCGCGCGCAGAGCAGUCCUCGGCAUCAGGAUGGAGCUCUUCGCCCAGGCCGCGAGCCAGACGGCCGUCGAGCAGAAGGCCAUCCAAGUCCGAUUAAACGCGGUCGAGGAACGCAUGGCGUCGAUCGAGGCGCAGCUCGCGGAGGAGCGAGCGGGUAGGGCCCAGGACGCCGCCGAGUACCAGCAGCGCCUCCACGCCAUGGAGAGCCAUUUUGAAGCGGAACUCAAUGGCAGGAGAGCUUUGGCGCGGCGCGUCGCGGAGUUAGCAAGGGAGGUCGCGGAAGAUAGAUGCGCGCGCGCCGACGACCACCAGCGCUUGCUCAAGAUGGAGACGAAGGGCCAGGCGCCGCCCGGCUUCUCCGAGGAGGAACAACCGGUAAAGAAGCCGCCGUCGCAAAAACACAAGGCGCGGUCGGCGUCGCCCCGGGGUGACGUGAUGCUCGGCUCCGCGACGGACGCGGAGCUCGACGUCAUGCUCGAAGAAAUACUCGAGGUCAUCGACGCGCACGAGGGCCAGGUGCUCGCGAGCAACUUCCCCAAGUGCUACUACAAGGUGCACGGCAAGCCCCUGAACUUCAAGGAUUUGGGCUACAACAAGCUCAGCGACCUCAUCAGACGCUUACCGGGUGUGUAUGUGGAGGCGGGCUCGCACGCGUUCGUCCGCCGCGCGGGCGUCGUGGAAGAGGCGGCGCCUUUGGAUUACGACCUGCCGCCGUUGGAUGCUAGGGUGACGGAGCCGUUCCCGGCUCCUACGGCGGACGCGCCGCCGGCGCCGCCGGCGGCGCGUUUGGGGUUUGUGCCGGCGGCCACGAGCGGCGGCGCCAUGUCGUGGAGCGCCGUCGCCGCGGGCGCCGCGCCCUGACCGGUUUUUUCCUCGACGGCGUUUGCUAGGAAAAUAAAUACGUCACCGCUGAAA